AUGUUUGAAGCAGCAGAAAUGGCUUCCGAGUAUACAAUUCUUCGGCGGGCACGUUUCAUAGCAAAACGAGGUUUUCGAGAGGAUCCAGCAUCAAUGAAGAAAACCUCCCUUGUUGGGGAUAAGUGCAUCGUGUGGGGUAUGGCAACAAAACUUCAAAAGCUCAAGUACAAGAACCCGAAGCUGGCCGAGUGA